AGGGGCGUGGCCUCAGAGGAGACUGAGCACAGGUGCAUGCUGGGAAAACACGUGCUUUAAGUAGCGAAGAGCAAAAGGCGGAGGUUUGAUUUUUCUCGCCAUGUCGUCCAAGAAGAAGCUGGAGGAAGAUGAGCGGUUCCUCCGGGUCCAGAAGGAUCCCAGGUUCUGGGAGAUGCCAAAGAAGGAGCACAAAAUCAAGAUCGACGAGCGCUUCAAGUCCAUGUUCCACGACGAGCGCUUCAAGGUGAAGUACACGGUAGACAAGCGAGGACGUCCCUUCAGCCACUGCUCCACGGACGACCUGAAGCGCUUCUACAACUUGUCUGACGAAGAGGAGGAGGAGGAGGGUUCGAAGGCUGCAGAGAAGAAGGACAAGAAGAAGAAGAAGAAAGGGAAGCCUGAGAGAGGAGCGAGGAGAGGAGCAAUCGAAGUUAAACCUAAAACAGAGCAGCCGGAACCAAAGGUCCGUGUUGAUGAAGAGGGUGAUGAAGAUGAGGAAGAGGAGCAGUCUGCAGGUGAAGAUCUGGGAGUCGGUGUUUCAGACGACAGCGAAGACGACGACGCAGAGGAGGAGAGCGUGGAGGCCAGUGGCUCUGAAGACGAGGAGUCCGAUCUGGGUUCUGGAGACGACAGUGACAGUGGGCCCGACCUGGCCCGAGGCCAGGGCAACAUCGAGACCAGUUCAGAUGAAGAUGAUGAUGAUGAUAAUGAUGCAGACGCCAUCCUGAGGCAGGAGGAAGAGGAGAUCGAACACGACUGGGGAGAGCUGUGCAAGGACGCUGUGCGAGGCGACGAGGCUUCCUCUCGACUUGCCGUCUGUAACAUGGACUGGGAUCGUAUAAAGGCUAAAGAUCUGCUGGUUCUGUUCGGCUCGUUCGUCCCAAAAGGAGGCGCCGUGUUGUCUGUGAAGAUCUACCCGUCACAGUUUGGGAAGGAGAGGCUAAAGAUGGAGACGACACAGGGACCGCAGGAGCUGAAAGCACUUCCUGAUGACUCAGAAGACGACAAUGAGGAGGAGAAGGUUUACAGGGAGAAGCUGAGGGAUUACCAGUUCAAGCGUCUGAAGUAUUUCUACGCGGUGGUGCAGUGUGACUCUGUGAGCACGGCUGCAAAGAUCUACGAGGAGUGCGACGGCUUGGAGUACGAGAGCAGCUGCUCCAUCCUGGACCUCCGCUUCAUUCCUGACAACGAGUCGUUUGACGAGGAGCCCAAAGACGUGGCGACAGACGUCAACCUGUCCGCCUACACCCCCAAACUGUUCGCUUCGACCGCCACGUCCACCUCAAAGGUGACGCUGACCUGGGAUGAAACGGACCACGACCGCGUGUCGGCUCUGAACAGGAAGUUCAACAAACAAGAGCUGCUGGACAUGGACUACAGCGCCUACCUGGCCUCAUCCAGUGAGGAGGAGGAGGAGGAGGUGGUGGAGAAGGAGGAGGAGGAGGUGGCAGCAGAAGAAGGGACUGUCACUGAGGAGGAGGAGAAGAGGAGGAGGAAGAAGAAAAGUGAAGAGCAGAUCAAAGCCUACAGAGAGCUGCUGAAGAACAUCAAGGACAAGGAGGCGCAGCAGCAGGAGGACAAGGGCAUGGAGAUGGAGAUCACCUGGGUACCAGGCCUGAAGGAGACCACGGAGCAGCUAGUGAAGAAGAAGCUGGAGGGGAGGGACAAGCUGACGCCCUGGGAGGAAUAUCUGCAGAAGAAGAAGGACAAGAAGAAGGAGAAGAAGAAGCAGAAGAAGCAGCAGAAGAAAACUGACAAGGCGCAGGGAGCAGCUGAUGAAGACUUCAGUGAUGAUGAGCUUCCUCCUGAUGUUGACCUCAGUGACCCCUUCUUCAGCUCGGAACUGCAGGCUUCAGACCAGAAGAAGAAGAAGAAAAAGAAGACACGGGAGGAAGAGGAGCGUCCGGCUGAGGAGGAAGAGGAGCUGCAGAAACAAAAGGCUCAGAUGGUGCUGCUGAUGGAGGACGACGACGGCGCCGACGCCAAACACAAACACUUCAACUACGACCGGAUCGUGGAGCAGCAGAACCUGAGCAAGAAGAAGAGGAAGAAGCUGCUGAAGAAGGGCAAGGAGCUGCUGGAGGAAGACCAAUUCCAGGUGGACGUCAAGGACCCUCGCUUCCAGGCCAUGUUCACCUCCCACCUCUUCAAUCUGGACCCCUCUCACCCCAGCUUCAAGAAGACCAGAGCCACGCAGAGCUUCCUGGAGGAGAAGCAGCGCCGCCAUGCUCAGGAGGCCACGCCCACACAGGAAGAGCCCACCCCCAAACAGGAAGCAGCAGAGACGAGGCGGGAAAGUGACUCUGAGACGCAGAAGAAGGGGAUGGACCCGAGUCUGUCGCUGCUCGUCAAAUCCAUCAGAAGUAAAACGGAGCAGUUCCAGGCCCGGAAGAAGCAGAAACUGGUUUAGUUCAGAACCACCUGUCGGGUCAAGUCCUCCUGAUGGAGCAGAACCCACUUCCUGUUGACUGGACUUUAAAGAACAUGACGAGACAGAAAAACACGUUGGAAUGUUUUAUUAUCACGUUUUAUUACAGAACCUCUGCCAGAACCACGUCAGGUUCUGGUGUCAGUCUACAGCUUGAAGGCACUUUAAUCACAAACUAAAGGAUCAAACUAUUAAUUAUUGAUUGAUAAUUAAUAAUGAUUACUUGUGAUGUUUUAAAGGAAAAUCUGCUGACUCAUCUAAUCCAACAGAAUCAGGAAGUAGAACUUGACUGUUUCCUGUUUCUCAGCCUCUGAAUAGAAAAUGUUUCAGGUGGUUCUGUUCAUUCUGUGAGCUGGUUGUAAUGAGCAGAACCGACCCGGUUCUGAACUGAUCUGAAGCCACUCUGCAGUAAAGUGUUAAAUUCGGACCAGAACCUUUCGAUCCAAACUGGUUUUAUCUCGUCCGAUAAAGAGGUUUGUUUUGGGUCACCUGGUUUGGAGGGAACAGAACCAGCAGGUUCUGCUCCGGUCCACGUGUCACAUGAGUAUAAUAAAGAUGAACUGGAGGAUUCUGGGUCGUUUAAGAAGUUC